AUGGAUUUUACAGUACUGAAAAAGAUUGCAGAAGGGGCUUGUGCUGAGAUCUUUUUGGUACAAGUGAAUGAGAGACAUGAACCCGUACAUUCCUCCUCAUUUGAACCACGUCAAGGAACUCAAGUCAACGAUAAUACUAUUAGUAGUACUAGUAGUAAUAAUGAUAAUAAUAAUAAUACUAACAAUUUCAUGAACGGAGAACUUCCACUCUUUGGCAGUGAUAGACUUGCUGUUUUAAAACUUGCUAAACCUGGUUACGAGCCUUUGGCUGUUGUGGAGGCGGUUGAGUUGCGUCGCAUUAUUUCAAAUGGAAGACAUCCACACAUUGUCUCUGUGCUUGGCUUCUACGAAGGGAAUGGUGUACCCAGCUGUCUGUUGCUGGAGUACUGCCGUGGAGGAUCUCUUGGGGAUUAUUUACAACGAAGAUUCAAGGGCAAUACGGCCACCACCCCAGUAGGGAGUAAGAAGGACAGUAAUAAUAAUAAUAAUAAUAAUAAUAAUAAUAAUAAUAAUAAUAAUAAUAAUAAUAAUAGGGAAACUGAAAGUCGUACGGGUAAUAUAGUUACCCCAUUUAUACCCAUCGCCAUCGCCCGACGACUUUUUACACAGUUAAUAGAUGCACUUUUGUUUCUAGAAUCAAUAGUAUUAUGGCAUCGUGAUCUCAAGCCUGACAAUAUCCUCCUGACUUCACAAGACAUAACGAAGGCUUCUUUAAAACUUUCUGAUUUUGGCUUUGCACGUCGAACACCUUGUAGUCAGCUACGCAAAGAUAAAAGAGGUUGUGGUGGUUCCCCGGCAUUUAUGUCACCAGAACGAUUACAUCAAUUUAUACUUUCAAUACGCCAAAGAACGUUCCAUGAUUUUGAGCAUACACCUUCUUAUGAUAGAAGCAAAGCAGAAGUAUGGUCUGCUGGUCUUAUUCUCUAUUCAAUGCUAUUCGGCCAUUACAUUUUUGGCACUGUACGCUCACCUGAAGAGCUCAGGGAAGCACAAACUCAAGUUCAAAUCAUUUUACAACGUCAUUGCCAUCCAAAUGGACUUUUAUCUCAACCCCUUUUUGACCUAUUACAGAAAAUGCUACAGCUUGAUCCAACCAAACGAGUGGGAUUACAGGAAGUACGGAAUCAUCCAUGGAUUACGACUACAGAAACAAUGGAUAACUGUGAUUUUGAAGAGUCACAAUCUAUUAUGAAGAUAAUGCAUACUCUUGAACCAUCCUCAUCUUUAAUAACGUUAAAUACUGAAGAAGAAGAAGAAGAGUCACGCUUUUCAUAUGUUUUUGGAAGUUGUAAAACUAAUGUCUCUGAGAAUCAAUCUAAAGAAGAUAAACUGAACCACACCCUCCCUAAUGAGGAGGAAGAAUUAGGAACUUCUUCACCUUCAACUAUGUUUUCAUCAGAAAUAAUGCUAUCAAAAUCAUCAAUACGUUCAUUCACUAUUAUUCGUCCUCAUGACUAUACAAUUAACCGGAGUAGUACUACUAACAAAAAUAAUUCUGUUUUUAAAAAGAUUGCUGAAGCUACUGGACCGAUCCCGAAAGCAAGUGCACCGUUUUCUGACGAAGAAGAAGAAAAAGAAAAAGAAAAAUAUGAACCGGAAUCACAACACUACUCAUCUUUUUUCUCAUGGAUAAUAGAAUCUAUAUAUUACUGGCUAAAAUGA